GCUGUGUCUGCGCUUUUGUGCGAAUGCCGUGGUAUGCAAAUUGAAAUUAAUUUAUUCCGAUCAUCAUGGAAGUGACGAAGUAGCUGCUGAAACAGCCAGUGAAGCGGACGAACGUACGCGAAUCUCGAUCCAUGAUGCAAAUCAAGCGGCUCCUCUGCAAGUCCUGCGGCCUGGGCACCCUUCUGGUGGCGGUCGUCUGGCUGCUGGCGCUCCUCUUCUACUCGCACAGCCUGCGGAGCUCCAUCCGCUCGGCAGGAUGGAGGAUCGACGAGGGGAACGCGACGCCACGGGCCGAGCUGAGCUACCAGGCCAGGGUCACCGUCGGAUGCACUCCGAAUGCCAGCAGGAACACGUCUACGAUUGGGGAGUCGCCUGGGGCACCGAAGCCGCCCAGUGAUCCGGAGCAACUGGAGCUGUUGGGUGUGGUGCGCAACAAGCAGGACAAGUACAUCCGGGACAUUGGCUACAAGCAUCACGCCUUCAACGCCCUGGUGUCCAAUAACAUAGGGCUGUUCCGGCAGAUCCCAGACACUCGGCACAAGGUGUGCGAUCGCCAGGAGACCUCGGAAGCGGAAAACCUUCCACAGGCCUCCAUAGUCAUGUGCUUCUACAACGAGCACAAAAUGACGCUGAUGCGGUCGAUUAAGACAGUGCUAGAGCGCACGCCCAGCUACCUUCUCCGCGAGAUCAUUCUGGUGGAUGAUCACAGCGAUCUGCCGGAACUGGAAUUUCACCUACACGGGGAUCUACGUGCCCGCCUGAAGUACGACAACCUGCGGUACAUCAAGAACGAGCAGCGCGAGGGCCUCAUUCGAUCCCGGGUCAUUGGAGCACGCGAGGCCGUGGGCGAUGUGCUCGUCUUCCUGGACUCGCACAUCGAGGUCAAUCAGCAGUGGCUGGAGCCGCUGCUGCGCCUCAUCAAGUCGGAGAAUGCCACUCUGGCCGUGCCCGUCAUCGACCUGAUCAACGCCGACACCUUCGAGUACACGCCCAGUCCCCUGGUGCGUGGAGGAUUCAACUGGGGCCUGCACUUCCGCUGGGAGAACCUGCCCGAGGGCACGCUCAAGGUGCCGGAGGACUUUCGCGGCCCCUUCCGUUCGCCCACCAUGGCCGGCGGGCUGUUUGCGGUGAACAGGAAGUACUUCCAGCACCUGGGCGAGUACGACAUGGCCAUGGACAUAUGGGGCGGCGAGAACAUAGAGAUAUCCUUCAGGGCGUGGCAGUGCGGUGGCGCCAUCAAGAUCGUUCCCUGCUCCCGCGUGGGUCACAUAUUCCGCAAACGACGCCCCUACACCUCGCCAGAUGGAGCCAACACCAUGUUGAAGAACUCACUGCGAUUGGCGCACGUCUGGAUGGACCAGUACAAGGACUACUAUCUGAAGCACGAGAAGGUGCCCAAGACCUUUGAUUACGGAGACAUUGGCGAUCGCCUGAAGCUUAGGGAGCGACUGCAGUGCAAGGACUUUGCCUGGUAUCUGAAGAAUGUCUAUCCAGAGCUGCAUGUGCCGGGCGAGGAGUCCAAGAAGUCGGCGGCAGCACCCAUGUUCCAGCCUUGGCACUCGCGAAAGCGGAACUAUGUCGAUACAUUCCAGUUGCGGCUGACGGGAACGGAGCUCUGUGCCGCCGUGGUGGCUCCGAAGGUGAAGGGUUUCUGGAAGAAGGGCAGCUCCCUCCAACUGCAAACCUGCCGGAAGACACCCAACCAGCUGUGGUACGAAACGGAGAAGGCGGAGAUCGUGCUGGACAAGCUGCUGUGCCUGGAGGCAUCCGGAGAUGCGCAGGUCACGGUGAACAAGUGCCACGAGAUGCUGGGCGACCAGCAGUGGCGCCACACCCGCAACGCCAACAGCCCCGUCUACAACAUGGCCAAGGGAACCUGUCUCCGGGCAGCUGCUCCCACGACGGGCGCCCUCAUCAGCCUGGAUCUCUGCUCCAAGGCCAACGGAGUGGGUGGCGCCUGGGACGUUGUGCAGCUGAAGAAGGCACUAGAGCCGGAGGGCAGGGCCAAGGAGGCAAGGAACUCGGACAAGGCGCUGUGAGCGAAUUGCUCUGAUGGCGCAUUGCAAUAUUAGACUGAUAUCUGUUUAGGACGAAGUGUAUUAUGUUUAAAUA